UAUAAAUGUGCAAUGUUGUAACCCUUACACAAUAACGAAUAGACAUGUAUAUCAUGGAUUGGUACUCGCGAUAUCUUUAUUCUAUUGUGCUAUCCGUUUUAAACGUGCAUUCAUCCGCAGUGGUACUUAAAGAUGUGUACCUUAAUUGGAAAGAGGCUAAUGAAGCUUGUCAGUUGAUAACAUUUUCACAAGUGAAGACAGAAUAUAAAAAGUUUAUAAACGAGAUGGAUCAGGGAACCUCUGGAUACUGGAUACAAGACGCAGUAACGAAAUUCAGUGUCGUGAAUAAAGGUUGUCAGAAGAAUGUCAAUGUUUUAGGCUCUACAACGAUUGAAAACAACAGGCUGUUAAACUGCUUUCAAUUUUGUCAGAACAAUGCCAAUACAACGACCAUUGGAGUAAAGGGAAACAAUUGUUCGUGUUUGGUAUCAAUGAAAUCUGACACAUAUUUGCCCAUUGACAACUGUGAUAUUCUGUGUGUUUGGGAAGACAGACUGUGUGAGAUGGCAACAGUUUUUUCCGUUUUCGUACGACAAGAUAGUAUUGGCACGCUGGGCGGUUUUCGAAUUGAAGAAUGCAUCUCUAUCAUGUUUGGAAGGGCCGUCAAGUUUAACUGUUCAUCACAGAAUAUGUAUAUUUGUCAAGAAAAUGGCAUUUUAAGAGAAUUCCAAAACAAAGUUACUUGGAUGGAGGCUGUGUCUAAUUGUGCAAAACGAAAUGAAACAUUAGCCUAUUAUCUACCAUUUCAUGAAAACUACAAACGCUUAUUUUAUCCGUCAUAUCGUUAUUGGAUUGGCAUAAGACAGUUUUAUCAAAUCGAAACGGUGAAACAAGGAAGCAGCUCGUGUCCAGUGAUCCGUCGAUAUAAUAGCGAUGAUAUCAUUGUUGAAAACUCAAACUGUGACGAAAAUAAGAAAUAUAUUUGUUCCAAAGAAAAUAUAGAUCAAGAACAAGAAAGUCAGAUACAUGAGAUCGGGGAAACUAGGAAAUCGUUCCUAGCUAAAGACAGUAGUGAUUCCAGUUCCAGCAAUGUUGUAGGAAUAGUAAUUGGAGUUUUGGCAACAGUAGCAAUACUGCUACUGGUUUUUGUUUGUCUAUAUAAACGACGUAGAAAUAAUUUAAGAUCGGCUUAUCAUUCCCCUGUUGUUGAAUAUGCAACCCAGCAACGACGUGAUAGCAAACAGUCGCAAACCAGAUCUGUAAAGUCGUCUCCUCUAAAACCCGUCAGACGCUCAAAGAAAGCAAAUCCUGAUUCACUUGUUUCAGGUACAGAGUAUGAAAACAUUGUGCUAACCUUUGAAGAUCCUUCAACGAUAUCCCGAGUGGUCAGUUCGACAUCAACAGAUAAAACGGAAAUUCCCAAGGAAGAAGAGAACUAUGACGUCAUGAAUGCAGAAAACAAAACGACUAGUUCAAAUGUGAUAAGUCAAAAUGUUUAUGGAUUUAGCCCACCAGAAGGAGAGUAUGACGUCAUGAAUAGAGAGAAUCGAAAUGUCGAUGAAUUUAAUCCAGACUACGACCACAUGUGACGUGUAUGUUUAAGGUUGUUCAAAUCAAAAGAUACAUAAUGAUUGAUAUUGAAACAUUAAUAUUACUCAAAUCAUGCACUACAAGUAAAAAAGGGGUCAACAAACCUUAUGUGCAAAACGACAGCCAUAUUAAAUAAUAUUUAUUUCAAUGACCGGUGAAUCAAAGUUUUGAACCUGAACGGUACAUGUAUAUUUGUAAAGCAUUUCUAACAUGUAUGGUGUGACAGUGGUUGAGGCAAUUAUUUCCCACCAUUCUUACUAGUCAAUAAAUACAACAUCGCCAUUUUUGAGGUAAAAUAUACACUGUAUGUAUGUAAAUCAUUUUCAACGUAAGUUCAAAUGUAAAUUGUUUGAAUGUUUUGAAUUCUUAUAACGAAUCUGUGUGUGUGAGUUUUUUUUUUAAAUAUAGAUGAUGCUUCAAUUUUUAUUCGCAUUAAUUUUAAUCAUUAAUUUUUUUUUUAAUUCUCUUUUAUCAAUACCAAUAAAACUAAUAAAGGAACACAUUUCUUACAUAAGUGGUGUAAAAUGGUAUUAAAAAAUCAUGAAUUAAUAAGUUUACAACAAAAAUCUAGUAUAAUGGAUUUACAUGAAAUAAGUUCACAUUCUUUUUAUCAUUCUGUUUAAAUUAAAUUUAAAUGGAACUUGCAUAUUAGAUAGAUCUAUGUAUAUUACUUUAAAGUAUAACAAAAUACACCUUGGGUCGAAUAAGUAUUGAUAAUAUGUUUUCAACAAUUAAAAAGCUAUGAAAGGUAUUCUUGUCUGGAUAUCUUGAAAGAGAAAUUUUCAUAGAUGUAUUUUGAUUUUUUAAUAACGCAUGCUUAUGCUUAACGGGGUUAAUUAUGUCAGAAUAGUCUUUCGUGCAAUUCUCCUGCUUCCCCAUAAAGCUAUUGGUAAUAAAAUCAAGUAUUAAAUUUA